CAGGUGUAUAAUUAUUAACACAUGUCUUGUUAGUCCAUUCAGAAUCGCGAUGUGUCAACUUUUCUAUUUAUUUGGAUGAUAUAUGAUAAUGAAUAUCUAUCCUCGACGUUAUUUACCACGGGAUAUUAACUCUUCUUUGGUAUCACUUAGACAAUAUUAUAGUAUUAAUUUUAGUAAAAUAUACUUUGCUUGAAGUUAUCUAUUGAUUCAGUAUGAUCCUACCUAUAUUGGGGAAUAGCCUGAGGAACAAUAGCAGUUGUAGGUAAUCAUAUGUUCGAACAAGAAUCUGUAAUCAAAACAAUAUAUACCUACGACUCCAGAACACACGAAACAGGUGUGAAGGCUAUUUAUAUGUUUAGUAAAUGGGCGAGUUUGGAGUGUAUGAGAAACGGUAACAAUGGCUGUUCCAAAGGACUUCGAAUGCCCGGUUUGUUUUAAGUUGCUUUACAAGCCCGUUACUACAUCAUGUGGCCACAAUUUUUGCAAAACAUGUAUCGAUCAGGCUGCUGCUUACCGCUUGGCAUGCCCAUUAUGCCGCCAGCGGUUAUCAUCUCAAUAUUCUCCUAACAUAUUGUUAUUUCAACUUCUCAAUGAGACAUUUGCUGAUGAGAUGCGUGAGCGUGCUGAGGAGUUAAUAACUCAGGCCAGAGAAAAUGAGUCCGUUUAUAGGGAUCGUGUAUCUAGGCCUAACGAUGACAGUUCAACUAGACCUGUGAUAUACACGUCGCACUGUCAUGAUUACUUAUUCCCCAGCGAGCGUCGUCAUUUUGUUCUAAAGCGUUCACAAGCUUCCAGGUUAAUGCCAUUUCUUAGGGACACGGAUAAGCUGCUUAUAAUAUUACCAGAGAAGCGCAAUGGAAAGAGAAACAUAGGAGCUUUGGCACAGUAUGUGGGACCCAAUCGCAUGGAUGAUGAAGACGAGAUCCAGGAAAUGGUUGCAUGGCAGACAACUAUUUUAGAGCGCAUAGAGGUAUUGGAGGUGGUUAAUGACCCUAUAUAUGAUUGUCCAAUGGCUCGCUAUAGCGUUGUACAUGACGACUUUACUUUUCCUGGUUCUACUGAUCAGAAUCAUGAACAGGAGCUGGUGAGGUUGCACAUUUCAAUUUUAACAUAUUCUCAUGACCUUGAAAGCCUGGUGACGACCUUUGUAUCGUUGCAGUCGAUAGCAUCUAGUGAUACCACUGCUAUGGACAGGUAUUCGAUCUGUUGCGAAUUGAUUAAAUUGUGUGGUAUUGUUGCCAAGACUCAGUUGAAUAUAACCAGUCCGGAAGGUCAGCGUCAUUUUUCUGAUAACUAUUCCCAGUUGAUGGUGCUUGGUGAAAGGCCUACUUCUGGUGAAAUAGAGUCAGCAUCUUUGUUUUAUGCACGUCUAUUGAUUGCUGACUCCAGUGAUAAGAUCCGUUGGUACCAUAUGACAGAUACUCUCGCACGUCUAUUAGAGGUUUCUAGUAUUUACGUGUAUGCGGGUGAUAAAUAUGUGCUACAAUUAGAGCCUGAGUAUCGAUACUCUUGGUUCUCCAGAUGGCUAUUUAUAUUAGUCCUCUUAUUGGCGUUAAUAAUCCAGCGAUUUAUUAUAUCAUGAUGGCGAUAUUUUUAGCUCUUGAUGCCAGACGAUGGUAACAGUUUGAGCAUCUUGUGGGCGUUUUUCGGCUAGUGUCAAUGCUAACUUGCUG